CGAUGGAGAACAUGUAGCCAACUAACCGGAUUUGGAAUUGUGUUUUUUUUUCUUGGAUUACUCCCUGUUAAACCAACCCAGUUUGUUUUUCCGUUAAUUUUUUCUUGGUUCUUCUGUUAGUGUGGAGUAGUGCAUACUUUGAAAAUGCCUGCAAAAACCAAGUACAACCUCGUUGAUGAUGGGCAUGAUUUGAGGAUCCCGUUGCACAACGAGGAAGCUUUCCAGCAUGGGAUCAACUUUGAGGCAAAGUACAUCGGCAGCCUGGAUGUGACGCGGCCGAGCAGCCGAGUGGAGAUUGUGGCUGCGAUGAGAAGAAUACGGUAUGAGUUCAAGGUGAAAAACAUCAAGAAGAAAAAAGUCAACAUCGUGGUGUCUGUAGACGGCGUCAAAGUCGCCUUGAGGAAAAAGAAAAAAAAGAAGGAGUGGAUGUGGGAUGAGAGCAAGAUGAUGGUGAUGCAGGAUCCCAUUUACAGGAUAUUCUAUGUGUCUCAUGACUCCCAGGAUCUGAAGAUUUUCAGCUACAUCGCCAGAGACGGACAGAGUAAUGUCUUUCGCUGCAAUGUCUUCAAGUCCAAGAAGAAGAGCCAGGCCAUGCGUAUUGUUCGGACAGUGGGCCAGGCGUUCGAGGUUUGUCAUAAACUGAGUCUGCAGCACACGCAGCAGAGCGCAGACGGACAGGAGGACUGCCACAGCGAAAAGAACGGCAACGACUCCUCUUUCACAGGCGUGCGUGCUCAUCCACCUGUAUGUGUGUGUACUUUCCUUGGCUCAGCUCGGGAGCUAACGGGCGCAGAGAAGACGCCAACCGUUGCCGAGGAGACGGACAUCGAUGCGGAGGAGGUGAGCCAGGUGUCGGCAGCAGAGGAGUUAAACCUCAACAGAGGGGUGACUGAUCUGGACGCCUCAGCCAAGACAGCUGACCUGAACACUGUAGAGAGCAAGGCUUCAGAGGAGGCCUCUCUGCUGAUGUCCAGCCCCAGGAUGCUGCUCCCUGCAUCGGGCGCGCUGCCACCAGGUGCCCCCCUGUCUGUCCACCACCAGAUCCAGCUGCUCCAACAGCAGCUCCAGCAGCAACAGCAGCAGACACAAGUGGCUGUGGCACAGGUCCACCUAUUGAAGGACCAGCUGAGUGCGGAGGCCACGGCUCGGCUGGAGGCCCAGGCUCGAGUCCACCAGCUGCUGCUGCAGAACAAAGACCUGCUGCAGCACAUCUCCCUGAUGGUUAAACAGAUCCAGGAGCUGGAGACCAAGAUGUCUGGACCAAACUCCAUGGGAUCCCAGGACAGUCUGUUGGAGAUCACCUUCCGGUCAACAGUACCUCCAGUGCUCUGCGACCCCACAACGCCCAAACCUGAUGUAUCUGCCCUCAACCUCCCCGCGCUGGGCUCCACGGACGGGACCGGCAACGCCUUCUCAUCAUCCAAUGGGAGUCUUGGAAGCCCUCUAGUUGAUCAAAGUAUGUUUGAGAACUCCAUUGCUCAGCAGCAGAGUCCUCAGACCUCCAGGCCAGGCCAGCCCUCGGCCCGACGCUCCCCAGCAUCAGCUAAUCAUAACCUCAGUUCCAACUCCAUUGACUCUCCGUCCUCCGGAGGCCAGCAGAGGCUUAAAAAUGCCAUUAACCUGGGCAAGGCUGUCGGCGCAAAGGUCAAUGACUUGUUAAGAAGAAAGGAGCCCAGCCACCUCGGGGACAUCGGAGUCACUGAGGUCAACAAGAACGUUGGUGCUAAUUGGAGCUGUAUGGACCAACUAAACCAGACCACUACAAACAGACACAUCUCCUCCUUUGACUCCUUCCCCCGGCUGGACCCCCCGCCUCCAUCAGGGAAGAAGCGCCUCCCUCGAGCGCUUAAGACCACGGCGGACAUGAUGAUCUCCUCUGACCCCGUUGUAUCCUCUCCGGACCCUGCUGACUCCUCCUCCUUUCUCUCUUCUCCUGACAAGACGCCGCUCAUCGCCAAGGAGGAGCUGAGGAAUGGCGAGGAGCAGCAGCCGAGUGAGAAGAAGGAUGAGGGGUCAGAAGAGCUCAAAGUCACUGCUGAGUGGGAGACGACGGGUAGCAGCAGCAAAGUUGAUGGAGUGAUAGGUGGAGAAGGAGAGGAUGAGGAGAACAGGAGCAAUGAUGGAGGUGAAGAGGAACAGUCCCAGCUGCAGCUCUCUGUGCCGGACCUCAUCAACAAAGAACCGCCGCCACCGCUGGAGCCCAGAGCAAAGCCAUGUGACAUCUGGCAGAAGGCGUCAGGGCCGGACUCCCGGCAGGCCUCCACCCCCCGCUCGGAGAAAACUUCCUGCCGCAUCAGCCUGGGCGAGGAGGUCCUGCUGGGGAACGGUGCCCCCUGCAGUAAAGGCACCGGUGUGAGCACGGUAGACUCGGAGCCCCACCCGGACCUGCUGUCGUUUGAGUAAGGAGAAGAGCCGGGGUCAGAUACCACUUCAGUAUGUCUC